AAAUGACGUAAUGGACAGGGUUACUCGGAAUGCUUCGACUUAUACCCAUGGGCCCUGACAAAGCUCAUCGUCAUGGAAGCGUCAAUUGUAAACCACCCCCCCUGGCUUGUCUGGCUAUUCAAAUUAGAUCAAUUGCUAUAUUAAUUAUUAGAGCUCUCUACCUUGUUUUAUCUCUCAAGCAAGUUUGAACUUUGGUUGUUUUAGCUCUCUUGUCAUUGUUGUCGUUAAGCUACCUAAGCUUGUAUACAAGCGCAUUCAGCUAUUCUCCCCGUUUGGCUUUCCAAGCUUAGGUACAUAGUCCGUUAUGUCUCCUCAGGAGAAAGCCUCCGAGGCUUGGUCCGACCUUCGAGCCGAAACUAGAAGAGGGCUCAAGGACUUGGACAAUCCCCUUAUUCAUCCGUUUCAUUUUAUAUCCGAGAUAAUCCAGUGGCAGUUCCAAUUCUACUUCAUCAUAUUUCAAUGGUUCGCAGACAAGCUAUUCUCCCCGACACCUCCGGGGCCAAGCACGAGGCUGGGGAGACCGAAGGUUGCGAUUAUCGGUGCAGGCAUUACCGGUGUGACAUCGGCAGCUCAUUGCAUUGGCCACGGAUUCGACGUGGUGAUAUUCGAGGCUGGGGACGAAAACAGCCUGGGAGGCAUCUGGAGCAAAGUGAACAACACCUCGAGCUUGCAAAUCCAUUCAUUUAUGUAUAGGUUUCAUCCGUCUGUUAAAUGGGAACAUGGUUAUCCAGACCGAAGGCAGAUUGUCAGCCAGGUCAAGCAGCUAUGGGAGCGAUAUGGACUAGACACGAAAACAAAAUUCAAUACCAAAGUCGAAAAAGUGUAUAAAGAUGAGAAGGGCCGCUGGAUCAUCAAUAACCCCGCAAACGGUAGAUUCGAAGGUAUCAUAGCGGCCGUAGGAACCUGCGGAGACCCCAAGAUGCCGAAGAUAGAUGGCAUGGAAAAAUUCAAGAAUCCUAUUUACCAUUCUAGCCAAUUGACUGGUAUUGACGCGAAAGAGAAAUCCAUGAUAAUUAUCGGCGGCGGCGCGUCGGCCGUUGAAGCUUUGGAAUAUGCUUCUGACGAGGGAGCAUCAAAGAUAUAUAUCCUAUCACGCAGCGACAAGUGGAUUAUUCCUCGCAACUGGCUUGUUGAUAUCUUACUUUCUUUGAAUAUUUGGGGGCAGGAGACUAUGUUGUCUGCUAUCCCGGAGGCGCUGCUGAAGAAAUUCUUCUACCGAGACCUACAAGACUUGGCACCAAACGAUAAGGGCAUAUUUAUGGACACGCCGAUGGUUAACUCUGAUGUCAUGGACAAACUCCGUUCCGGCCAAGCUGAGUGGAUACGGUGUGAUAUUGAAGAGUUUACCGAGACAGGUGUCUUAGUGAACAAGAGAGAUAAGGGAGUGCCGAAGGGAGGCCCCGGUCGAAAGGUCAAUAUCGAAGGCGACAUGGUAGUCAUGGCGACCGGAUAUAAGAGGCCAUCGUUGAGUUUCCUUCCGGAUGACUGCUUUAGUGAGUCGUAUGGCCCGCCCAACUGGUAUCUCCAAACGUUCCCUCCGCAGCAUCCCUCUAUUUCGGCCAUCAACUGCACUUAUCUAUCGGCUAUUGGUACUGUUGGCAAUUGGCAUAUCGGCAUAUACACCCGGAUUCUUCUGAUGUUUCUCGUGGACCCCUUAACGCGCCCAUCCACGUUCUGGAUGAAACGCUGGAUCGAUAUGACCAAGGUCCUGAAAGCCACAGCUCCAACUGGUGCCUUUGACUUCUUUACAUACCUCGAACUGCUCUGGUGGUUCUUCUUCUGCGUUGCUAUUAACCCGUUCCGAUGGAAGUGGGCAUUCUUCGUCUUCUUCGGCUUGGGAUUUGCACUGCCUAAGCACGUGGUGGCCGCGGAGGAUCAGGUCCGAAACGGCAUAGGGCAUGCCGAGGCUGACGAGCGGAGUAGAGACGUCGGUAAAAGUUUUUAGGAAAUUAUUGACGAUAGAAGCCUCUCAUAUGGGCAUCGCUCGGACUGUCUUGAUAUCCAAGAAACCUCUGACCCCGGAAAUUCGGUGUCAGGCUGGUCGGACUACCAAGAAGCUCAACGUACAAUCGCCAUGUUGGACUCAAAUCUUAAUGGCCGCGAUGUCAUUUCUCACAAACGUGGCAGAUGCGACUAUCAUAACUAUCUUGAUGAUAGUCUACUAUACAGCAAUCCACUCUCCAAUCGCAAGAAACGAUGCUAUGUUACGAAAUUUGUGCGACCCGCAUCUAUCGAUGGUACUGAAAGAAACCCUUUCGAUAAGACUCUCGUGAGAGAUAAAUUC